AUGGAGUUGUUUCCUGGUGAAUGGAACACUGUAGAUUCCUCAAUUGGUCAAUUGAUCUGUGGAUUUGCGUGCGACUCAGAUGACUUUCGCUACUCAAUAUACUUGUCUGAUUUGGAUAUUUGUUACUACGAGACCCUAGAUAAGGAGCAAAUUGUUGCUCGGGCCAAGAGUGAAGGAAUUGAAGACUUGAAAGAUGCCGAUAUAAGGUUUUUGCUUUCUGGGUGCAAACAAAGUGUGGAUAAGGAAGAUUUGAAAGUUGAGGUUGGUGCGCAAGAGUUGGUAGUUGUCGUUUCGAAUCCUGUGGAAUGGAAGUUUCGACUCAGGAAAGCUUCCGUUGAAGAGAAUGCUGCAUUUUUCAAGAAACUCAAUCGCCAACAUUUUCAGAAAGAGGGUCUCUUACUACACCGCAUCGAGAAACUACAUCAAUUGCUCGCUGGUCGUGAUUACUAUAUUAUGUUCUUGAGCCAAAACCUUAAAUCUAUAAAUGGUGACGAAGUUCUUCGAAAGUUUGAGCGGAAUUUCAAAGAACAGAGCGAACUCUUGCAGUUGAAGAAGGACGAUUGGCAAAAAUGGUCCGAAGAAUCGUAUCAGGGCAAAGAUGUAUGGAAUGAUAUCAAGCGAAUCACUAGGUCGCCAACCACAUCGAAGCAGACGGAUACUAUGGUCAAAGUAGAACCACAAUCUCCUUCACCGGUGCCAAGAAUUAAGCAGGAAACUUCAUCUUCAGUGGAACUGUCUCCGAUAAAAAAGGCAAGGUCCAUCAAAAAGCUAGGCACAUUCAAUCUCAAACGAGAAAGAAGUGCCGAUGCUGAUGAACUAACUUCUAAAGAGCCGUCUCCUAAGAAGUUUGUCAAACGUCUUGGACAGGUGUCUAAGCGCAAGAAAACCUAA